UAAAAAUUCUUUCUCUCUCUUCUCUUUCUCUUUCUCUCUCUCACACACACUCUCUCUUCUCCCUAAAGAAUCGAAAACCCUUUCUCUCACUAGGGUUUCUGUGUGAAUUUUCGCACCCAAAUUCUGCUUCUUGAGCUGCGAAUCCAAUCCUCAAACUUCAUUCUAAUCACUCUCCUUCCAGUUCUCUAUCAUUUCUUCUCGUUUCUUGGAGGAGCCGUGGAGUAUCGAUGCUCCAAGCUAGGGGAGAAAAAUCGCGUGCUCUCGUCCACGGACAUACACAGAUAAUUGUGGAGAAUAAUUCUGAAUGUGAUUCUAACUAUAUAGGAUCAUCAAGCUCAUGGAGAGUAAUUUUGUUAGUGUGGAUUCAAUCAGUAUAGAUCUUCCCAUCGGCACCGCAAAUAAGACAUGCGAACAUUUCACGAUACGUGGUUACGUAUCGGAUAUAAGAAAGAAAGAUUGGAGAAAAUGUUGGCCAUUUCCAAUGGAUGAGUCUGAUAACGAACUGCCACUUCCACCACUUGAAGUGCCGAAAUUUCGAUGGUGGGGCUGUGAAAAUUGUCAACAGGCAACUGCUAGCGAAAUCAUUCAUGGAAAUGAUCAAACAGAUGUUAGCCACAGGAAUGGAGGUAUAUCUGAUUGUAACUGCAGUAAUGCGGUUGUCAAUUCUGGUACUCCGGAAUCUCCAGUGGCUAGUGCUGCCACUCCAGUGAAUGCGGAGUUCGAUCUUAAUAUCCCUAUUGAUCUGACUGGUGACACUGAUGGUUUACCAGUUAGGAAUGCGAUAGAAAAUAAUAAUGCAGAAAUUGUACAGAACAAAAUAACAGACCAUGAUAUUGGCUCGGAGAUUAAUCUCAAUCAUCAAGUGUCAAGUGUUACACUUCCAGAAGCUCGUCCAGAUCACAUGGAAGAAUGUCAUAUAAAUAAAAUAGCUUGUGAAGCUAAUGUGGAUAAUAGCCCUUCUGAUAUUAAUGAAGGGACACCUACUUCUGAAGAAAACCAAUGCCACAACGGUUUAAGACAAUCUGGUUCAAUUUUGAGGGAAUGUACAGUAGUUGUCGGAGAUAACAUCAUUGAUCAUGCAACUGAACAUCUUUCACCAGAGUUGGCUGAUGGCAAUCAUGAUGUGUCAGUGGAAAAUGAAGAUGAAAUUGUCAGAAAUCAUCAGGGUCGUAAUGUAGAAAGGUCAACCAGUUUAACUCGUAAGAGACCUAGAAAGAUGCGCUUGCUUAAGGACUUGUUAAAUGAAAAUGGAGAGGCAAAGACUGAUAAAACCACCGCAAGCAGAUCACUAUCUCAUGGUCCUCUUAAUCAGUUUGCAACUUCAGAGGCACCACCAAUUUUCCAAGAAAACGAGGAUGUUCCAGUAGAUUCGACUUUGACAUAUAAGGGUCGCGGUAGAAAGCGAAAGUUUGUUGUGGAUGAAGAGUCAACAUCUGCAGAUAUGUGCUCCCAGAGGCUUGAUAACGAAAUUCAAAACCCAGGGGGAGUUUCUAGAACAGAUAAGACUGCAGGUAAAAGGCACAAAUCGGUUCCUCAUGCUGACAAACACUUGAUUUCUAGGCCACAAGAAGGACAGUGGAGAAAGAGUGGGAGCACGGUGGAUGUCACAAAUAAGGAAAAUCUGUCUGAAAGUCCUUCUGGAUCCUUUCCCUGUGCAUCCACUGAGAAGGGAAAGGAUGAUUUUCCGCUGCAUAUGUUAAGGAAUAGAAAUGUCUGCAAUUCCAAAGGAAAAGGCAAGAUGCCUCAAGCUGAUGCAGAAAUGGAUUCUAUAACCGGGAGGAAAAAUGACAAGCUAGUUGAAGGUUCAUUUGCACAUACAGCAUCAAAGAAUUUGUCAAGUAGGCCUGAAUGCAUUGCAGUUCCAUCAACAAAAGGUACAUCAAAUGGGAAAGAACUCAAUGAGGAAAGGCAUCUUCCCUUAAAAGGCUAUCCAUCGGAACAGAUGUGCAACAAGCAAAAUAUCAGUCAAAAAGAAAUUCAGCUUCGAGAGGGUACUUCAAGAGCUCAACUUAGAAAUAUGGACGGCAAAGCCAUUUAUUGUGGAGCUCGAAAAAAUCCUUCAAAUGACAUGUCAAACGCAAUUCUUGAAAAAGGAAAAGAAGUAUAUCUUGAAGGAACCAAUGGAGCCGGAAACAAUAACAAAAUGAUUGAAGUUGUUGAUCUAGAUAAUAGUCUGGAAAGAUGUGAUGAUUUGACAGCAGAGGACUCUGACCAUGGGUCAGAAGAUGAUAUCCCAAUGGAAGUUGUAGAGAUCUUGGCAAGGAAUCAAUAUGAGAGGUCUCUACCUGACGUAGAAAAUUUAAGCUGCCAACUGGAAAUGUCUGUCCAGAGGGAAAAAGAUCACGUAAGUGAUACAGAAAUUGGAAUUAACAGAAGACAAGGAAAUGCAUUCCCAAGAAAAGAAAAUUCAAGUAACUACUUUUCUUCAAGCGCACUCCAUCAGUUCCCGUUUGGGUUUGAAGUUCCACAAUCAAAAAAUAAGUCAUCAAAUGGAUCCCAUUACUCACCAAGUGAUACCAUGAAGCUUGGUCCUGCUCAAACUCCAAUUUUUAAUAGGAGGAAUGCAGAGUGUGGAUCCUCUGGUGCUUCCUCACAUUUCAAUGGAAGAUCAAACCAAUUCGAGACUAUUAUGCAGCAGGAUGGAAGUGCUUCUCAUGUUCGGCCAUUGUCGAGCAAGAAGAAUGCAUCCCUGGGAUGCGUUGAUUUACGCAACAGAACUGUUUCGCAGCCUAGAGGUAGUAACUUAGACUUAAUUUCACUUCAAUCUGGGUCGACACAAAGGCAGAACAGGAGAAGGGAUCUUUUUGACCUUAACUCCCCAAGUUCUCAAGAUAUUGACCUAGAGAAGCUUCCAACUGAUUCUGGAAACAUGAGCAGCAUGAAUGCAGAACGCACACUUACUGGAGAAAGUAAUGGGAUGGAACAUGAUCGUUAUCAGAGUGUAUCUCAUGAUACGUAUUCCAAUGAAGCAAUACAUGCGCUGCAUUUACUUAGCUUAACCGGGGCAGGUAGGGAGACAGACACAUCAUCUACUGCAAGUAGAAGUGCUAAAAUGGUUAGGAGACCCUCUAAUCCCGGCAUAUGCAGUGCAAACUUGGAGAGAGAGACACAUGGUUCCCCACGAAGGCAGAUUUCUGAGCAUCUCAGCAGCAUUAAUUUAUCAGAUAAAUCACGAAAUCGCCUUUUUGACUCUCCAAUCUCUGCCACUUCAACAGAUCAGCAUGGUGGGAAGAUCAGAAGUACUGAUUUCAGGGACCAAAAUUUGCCAAGGUCUGGAAAUGGAAUUAAGAUGAAUGGCUCCAAUUCAGCCAUGCAAAAUGUAGAUAGUCUGCAGCUCAGGGGGGCCAAUGUUGAAACGGAAACCUCGAAUCAACAUAGAUUGGAUGUUGCAGAGCCCUGGCAAAGUAUCUCUGGAAGCACAAUUGUAGUUAACAGAAACCCGGCGGAGUUCACUGCACCAGAAGAUGGUAAUCCAUACAUGAUCAAUGGAGAAGAUCUGAAAUUCGAGGAUAUCCCCCCAAACAGAAGGCAUGGCUUACCUGCUCCACGUGGACGCAAGCAAAUGAAGACUCGAAGGUUACAAAAUGAAAGACGUUGAAAUCAAUAUAGAGUUGUGCAUAGUUAGGCUACAGCUUUUGCUUGAUUCCUUCAUGUUGAAACGGUCAGCAUAUACUACUUUAUGUUCCUUUAAUUAUAUAAAUAAUUCUGCAGCGGACUUUGAGUAGGAACAUGAGACUUAAAUAACAGUUUUUUUUUUUUUCUUGCAAAGUUUCAACUUUCAAGGAAGAAACUUAUCUUUGAAUUUA